AUUGAAACAUACAUAAUGGUUUUGUUUAUCUUUUUCCUAUUAGCUCUUCCGCUACUUCUUUCAUUUCUUCUCCGAAAACAAAAAUCUAAAAAUCGUCAUUUGCCACCAGGUCCCAAGGGUCUUCCAUUCAUAGGCAACUUACAUCAAUUUGAUAGCUUAAACCCUCAUUCCUACUUAUGGCAGCUUUCGCAAAAAUAUGGACCUUUAAUGUCCUUGCGUCUAGGUUUUGUACCAAUCUUGGUAGUUUCCUCUGCCAAAAUGGCUAAGGAAAUCUUGAAAACCCAUGAUCUUAUUUUUUGUAGCAGGCCUUCCUUAGUUGGCCAGCAAAAGUUGUCCUAUAAUGGUUUAGACUUGGCCUUUUCACCUUAUAAUGCUUAUUGGAGAGAGAUAAGGAAAAUUUGUAUGGUUUAUCUCUUCAAUUCUAAUAGGGUGCAAAGUUUCCGUCCCAUCAGAGAAUUCGAGGUUUCCCAUAUGCUUGAAAAGAUCUCCAAAUCAGCCGCAGCCUUGAAACCUGUAAACUUGUCUGAGGUCAUGAUGUCGCUUACAAGUACUAUAAUUUGCCGGGUUGCUUUUGGGAAGAGGUAUGAGGAAGAUGGGGUUGAAAGGAGUAGAUUUCAUGAGUUGCUGAAGGAAACUCAGGCUAUGUUUACAAGUUUCUUUGUUUCAGAUUACUAUCCUUUCUCGGGUUUUAUUGAUAAGUUCACUGGAUUAGCCCAUCGCCUAGAGAAAAACUUCAAGGAAUUUGACAUUUUUUAUGAACAGAUAAUCCAAGAACACCUUGAUCCUAGUAGAUCAAAGCCUGGGGAAGAGGAUAUUCUUGAUAUCUUACUUCAAUUAUAUAAGAAUCGUUCUUUUAAAGUUGAUCUCACUUUCGAUCACAUCAAAGCUGUGCUUAUGAACGUAUUUGUGGGUGGAACAGACACCGGCGCAGCAACUGUGGUUUGGGCCAUGACUUUCCUGAUGAAGAAUUCCACAGCAAUGAUGAAAGCUCAAGAAGAAGUUAGAAAACUUGUUGGGAAGAAAGGCUUUGUAGAAGAAGAUGAUACUCAACAACUACCUUAUCUCAAAGCUGUAAUCAAGGAAACAAUGAGAUUGCAACCCACAGUUCCCUUAUUAGUCCCAAGGGAAUCAUCCGAAAAUUGUACUUUAGAUGGAUAUGAUAUACCAGCUAAAACAGUAGUUUAUGUGAAUGCAUGGGCAAUUGGAAGGGACCCUGAAAUCUGGGAAAAUCCAGAAAAGUUUGAUCCUGAGAGAUUCAUCAAUAGCUCUAUUGACUUGAAAGGGCAAGAUUUUGAGCUGAUACCAUUUGGAGCUGGUAGAAGAAUUUGCCCCGGGAUCUUCAUGGGCCUCGCAACUGUGGAGGUGUCUCUAGCUAAUCUACUUUGCAAAUUUGAUUGGGAAAUUCCCGUUGGAAUGAAGAAAGAAGAAUUGGACAUGGAUGCGCAACCAGGCAUUACCAUGCACAAGAAAAAUGCUCUUUGCCUUAUGGCCCGGAAGUACGCCUGAUAAAAGGGUAGAAUAUAUUCAUAUGUAACAAGAUAAAUUAUUAGAUAGAACCUAGCAUAUAUGGUACCAUAUAUAUACAUGAAUGUAUACAAGAAGAGCUUGUAGUUCUCUUCGAUUACAAAUAAUAUUUAGUAUCCUUGUGCUUGGUUUUAAUUCUUGCUCUUAAGUAUGACCUUUGAAUUUAGUACUUAUGGUAUCUUGAUCUGUGAGUUUUUUAGGGUA